CGAAAAACCCUAGAAUUAGAGAACCCAAAUUCCCUCCAUUCUUAUUCUCUCUGUAACCAAACCCAAAAAAAUCAACCACCAACAGAGAAUUUCAAAGAAACACUCCCAAUCAACACCAACAAUUAAAACCAAAAAGCGAUGGAUUCAGACGAGGGAAAGGUAUUCAUAGGAGGAAUAGCAUGGGACACAACUGAAGAUACUCUCAGAGACCACUUCAAUCAGUACGGUGAUGUCUCUCAAGUUGUAAUCAUGCGUGACAAAACCACCGGCCGUCCUCGUGGCUUUGGUUUUGUUGUCUUCUCAGAUCCUUCUGUUCUCGAUCGUGUUCUUCAAGAUCAACAUUCUAUUGAUGGCCGUACUGUGGAAGCUAAAAGGGCUCUUUCAAGAGAAGAACAACAGACCUCGUCUAGACCGGGUAACUCUAAUUCCGGCAGAGGCUCUGGUGGAGGUGGAAAUUUUAAGACGAAGAAAAUAUUUGUUGGUGGUUUACCGUCCUCUCUGACUGAAGAGGGAUUCCGUGAAUAUUUUCAGGAUUACGGUCAUGUAACUGAUGUGGUGAUUAUGUUUGAUCAGCAUACUCAGAGGCCUCGUGGCUUUGGAUUCAUCACAUUUGAUGCUGAAGAUGCGGUUGAUAGAGUACUUCACAAGAACUUCCAUGAGCUGAAUGGUAAACUUGUAGAGGUAAAACGAGCACUUCCAAAAGAUUCUAAUCCAGGUGGUGGGGGCCGUAGUGGAAGCUAUCAAGGUUAUGGCUCCGCUGGUGGCAAUACAAGUGGCGUUGAUAGCCGAAUGGAUGGAAAUAGAUAUUUACAGACGCAAACAUCUGCAGGCGCGUAUCCGCCUUAUUCUGGUUAUGUUGCUCCAGGUUAUGGUUAUGGGGCAGCAAAUAGUGGAGUAGGUUUUGGUGGUUAUGGUGGUUAUGGUGUUGGUGGUUAUGGCGGUGGUCCAACAGGUGCAUAUGGAAUGCCUGGUGCUUUGAAAAAUAAUUGGGGCAGCCAAGUUCCUUCCAGUUAUGGUGCGAAUGCUAGUUACGGGGUCACAGCUCCAUGGGGUGCAUCAGGUGGUGGAAAUUCUUCAUCCGGUCCUGUUGGUCAAUCCACUGGUGGAGCUUCUGCCUAUGGGGGAUAUGGCUACAACAAUUACGGUGGAAGUGACGGUUCUUAUCCUGGUGGAUAUGGAGCUGCUGGAGGUCGUGCUGGAAAUGCCCCAAAUAAUGGUGGCAGCAUUGGCACUGGUGGUGGAGAGCAACAGGGAAAUGAAGGUAGCUAUGGUGGUGGCUAUGGCGAUGCUAAUGCAAAUACAGGAUAUGGGGAUGAAUCUUGGGGGACGGAUCCUUCACAAGCAUCAAGUGGUUAUGGUGGCUAUGGUGGUGCUCACUCACGGCAGGCAUCACAACAGUGAUUGGUGAUUCAGUUUUGCAGGGAUUCAUACGCAGGCGUCUAUUUAUCUUUCAGUGGUGAUGGGCUUUGGAUUUCGAGAGCAAAUGCAUUGAUGACAACAAAUCCUGGGAAUGGUUGGAUUGCUUGAAACCCUAGUUGUAGUUUGCAGUAGUUAUCUGCUAGUAUAUAGCGGCUACUAGCUCCAAGUAGUGGCAGUAUUUCUUAUUUAGCAGUAUUUGCUAUGAAGUUGCAAUUGUUAACUUUAAGUUUGUUGGUUUAUCUUUUUUUCUUUCCUUUUCUUUUAUGUUUAAAUCUGGAGUAGUGCUAUAUGCAUUUUCUAUUAGUAUUGAUGUUUAAGUGAUUAUGGUUUUUAGUUGAUACUCAUUGAUUUGCUAGAAUUUGGUGCUAUCUUAAGUUUUCUUAUUUCCUUAGAACAUGUUAUUAUACUAGCUAUUCUGCUUAGCUAUUAGCUGCUACAUUUGGUAUGAUAGAGACUGCGGAGUAUAGAAGCUUCAUGAUCUUUAGGAGAGAGUGCUGAACUCUACUGUGCAAGUGAAUGUAUGGUAUUUGGGUUUUGUGGCAUGGAGUGGACUGUAGAGUGGGGUGGCUCGAUGAUGCUUUGUUCACUUGACCUCUCAUGCAGAUUAUGGAGUGAGGCAGGAGUCAUCCCAUUCUAAAAUGUGAUGGAUUCAAUGGUGCCCAUCAAGUGCUGCAUCACCUGGAAGAAAGAUAUGCAUCGCCAUCUUGUGGGCUCCCAUUUAGACCAUCCUAUGAUUCUUCUCUGUAUAAUUGAUAGUUGCUUUCAUUUUUGUCUGUAAAUUUCUUAUACAUUCUUGAAAAUAAAUUGGUUAAUCUGGUGAA